GGGGGUGCUCUUUUUGGGGCUCUCGAAACAGAAUUAUAGAAAAAUAUACACAGACCCUAGGCCCAAAGAUUACAUAGAUAAAUAGAGGGGUGAGAAACCAAAACAGAAAGAUGGAAAAGAGCAACAUGAAAAGGGUCUCUGAAUCUAAUCCAUUUCUUCUCUUUCUCCCUCUCCUUUUCCCUUUCUAAACUCAACUCUCUUCCUUCUUUCCUUCCUUCCACUCCAACACCUCCGUCCAUCAAGAAAACAAGAGCUAGAAUCAACAUACACUACCCCCUUAACGAAGGCAUAGAGAGAAUGGUUACUGGGUGGAGAAGAGCGUUUUGCACAUCAAUCCAUAGAGAAAGAGAACCCAAAGUAGUAACCGAGAAACAACAACAACAACAUUGUGACAAUAACAAUAACAGCAGCACCAAUAAUCAAAGUCCCAAAAUCAGUUCCAAGUUCGGAUUUUUCUCUAAUCCCUCAACCCCACGGUUCCAGUCCCAGCCUGUAGCAUCGGGUCCGCGCCUCCGUUGCCGAACCUCAAUUUCCACCGGAGCAACCACUUGCUCCGUCCCCAACAGCCCUAAACUUCAAUGCAGCAACCCCAAAACCACCAAGAAACAAACAACCCUCAGCCCCAGGCUAUUCCAACUCUCAAACCCUUCAUCACCAAAAUCACCAUCAAGCUUCUCACUAUUCAAAUCUACUCUACGGUUAUCCAAAAGUCGAUGUGGAAUAUGUAUGCAGAGCGUGAAGAGUGGCCAAGGCACGGCGAUUUUCACGGCCGAAUGCUCCCACAGCUUCCACUUCCCUUGCAUAGCUACACAAGCGAAGAAGAAUCCAAUCCUCACGUGCCCCGUCUGCAGCACGUGCUGGAAGGAGCUUCCGGUGUUGGCUAUCCACGAAGACAAUAAGCACAAUAACAAAACCACCUCAGAGGCAACAAACAGAGACGCCGCCGCCACUACCAAAACAAGGUCGUUGAAGGUGUAUAACGACGACGAGCCACUCAUGUCUCCAACUUCGGUGGCGCGGUUCAACCCUAUUCCUGAAUCGGAGAACGAAGAUGAGCAAGAAGACGAGAGCAACGAGUUCCAAGGGUUCAACGUGAGUCCUUUCGUUAGUUUCUCUCCGGAAGAGAGGAUCAGGGGACUUGAAAUGUCUUUAUUGCCGGAGGCGGCGAUCGUGGCGGCGAAUAGGAGCUACGAGACUUACGCUGUUGUGCUAAAGCUGAAGGCGCCGGCGGCGCCUUUACAUAAGGCCACUCGAAGAUCUCCGGUUGACCUCGUGGCGGUCCUCGACGUCGGGGGAGCCAUGUCCGGCGCGAAGCUCCGACUCAUGAAGAGCUCGAUGCGGUUUGUGAUUUCCUCCCUCAGCUCCGCCGAUCGUCUCUCCAUCGUCGCAUUCUCUGCCGGAUCCAAGAGGCUGUUUCCGCUCCGGAGAAUGACCGCUGGAGGCCAGAGGUCGGCACGACGCAUCAUUGACGCGCUUGCGGUGAUUGACCAGUCCCGAGACGGCGCUCCGGUGAUGAACGACGCCCUCAAGAAAGCCGUUAAGGUACUCGAGGACCGGCGUGAGAAGAACUCCGUGGCCAGCAUUGUGGUUCUCUCCGACUCUAACUACUCACGCUCCGUCGCGUACUCUCAGAAAUCAUGGCUCAUUUCCUCCACGCGCUUGCCUCAACUGGAUGUCCCUGUCCACGCGAUUAAGUUCCCGGGGGAACGCGAGUGCAACCACGCGCUCAACGAUGACGCGUUCGCUAAAACCGUUAGGAGUUUGUUACAAGUCGUGGCUCAGGACGUUAGGAUUCAGUUAGCUGUGGUGUCACGGCCUCGCCCCGUUGAGAUCGCCGCGGUUUACUCACUUACAUCUCGACCCGAAUCUCUUGUACCGGGUUCCACACGUAUCGGCGAUCUUUACGCCGAAGAGGAGAGGGAGCUUCUCUUGGAGAUUAAAGUCCCCGCCGCUUCGGCUGGAUCCCACCACGUUCUGACCGUACGAUCAUCCUACAGGGACCCGCUAACGCAGGAGAUUGCAAGCCCUGUUGAGCAUGCAAUGCUUGUUCCGCGUCCCAACACCGUACGAUCGUCGUGCCCCAAGAUCGAGCGGCUUAGGAACCUCCAUGUCACUGCUCGAGCAGUAGCUGAGUCGAGUCGGCUUGUUGAGCAUGGUGAUUUCUCUGGAGCCUAUCAUCUCCUAUCGUCGGCUCGUGCUCUCUUAUUGCGAUCUUGCAAGCCAGCCGUGGAACACGUUCGCUGGCUGGAGGCCGAGCAAGCCGAGCUGAACCGUCGCUUGCAAAGCCAGAAAGUUAAAACUAGCAAAGUGGAGGAGAAGGUGGAGCCGCUAACGCCGACAUCGGCUUGGCGAGCCGCGGAGAGAUUAGCUAAGGUGGCUAUCAUGAGAAAGUCAAUGAACAGAGUUAGUGACUUACAUGGCUUUGAGAAUGCAAGAUUUUAAUUGUAAUUUUUUUUCAUAUUUCUUUUAUUGAAAAAAAAAUGGAAAGAAGAAUGUAAUGUUGUAGUACAUAGAGGGAAAGCAAUUAUGAAUAGAGAAUUUUUUGUGAAAAAUGAAUUUUUAGAUAAAAUGUAAAAAGAAAAAGGGAAAAAAAUGGUAAUGGGCCAGGCCAUGAUAAUAGCGACAAGAGGUAGCAGACGGCUAGAGCCUUUUAAGCAUAGGGAAGGAAACAGAGAAUGAGUGAAAAACCCACAUGAGAGUUAAUUAGGCAAGAAGAGUGUUCUGUUUUCUUCUGUUUUGUCCUUAUGCCCUUUUUUCCCUUUUGAUUAAUUUUGAAAAUUCCAAAAACUUUUUUGUAUGCAAAUAAUCAUUUGAUUCGAAA